UCGCCGAGCGCUGGCUGCUCAGGGCGGGCCGGCAGCGGGCGAAGUCGCUGAAAGAUUUCGAGUGGCAAAUUGGAAGUGAUUUCGGGUGGAGAUGGGGCUCGUGCGGGCGGCUCGUCGUCCGGGCAAGUGAGCUGCGCUGAAAUAUGUUUUAGGGAUUGUCAGCUGGAAAGUGUGCGCUUCCCUUGGGUUGAUUAAGUGAAGAGAAAAAAAAAAAACAAAAAAACACAACGAAGCUGCUUCCAAGUAUUGAAGAUACAAGGCCAGGAUGAACCCGAAGGACUCAAAAGUGUCUGAAGGAGGUCUCAAUGUCACACUUACCAUACGCCUUCUCAUGCACGGCAAGGAGGUUGGAAGCAUUAUUGGAAAGAAAGGUGAGACAGUUAAGAAGAUGCGGGAGGAGAGUGGGGCUCGAAUCAAUAUUUCCGAAGGCUCCUGUCCAGAAAGAAUUGUGACCAUAACAGGCCCAACAGAUGCAAUUUUUAAAGCUUUUUCUAUGAUUGCACUAAAAUUUGAAGAGGACAUUAAUGCUUCAAUGACAAACAGCUCAGUGACAAGCAAGCCACCUGUAACACUGCGGCUUGUCGUUCCAGCAAGUCAGUGCGGAUCCCUUAUAGGAAAAGGAGGCUCCAAAAUCAAAGAAAUCAGGGAGUCCACAGGAGCCCAGGUGCAAGUAGCAGGGGAUAUGCUGCCAAACUCAACGGAGCGUGCAGUCACUAUCUCAGGCACUCCCGAUGCCAUCAUCCAGUGUGUGAAACAGAUAUGCGUGGUCAUGCUGGAGUCCCCACCCAAAGGUGCCACCAUCCCCUACCGUCCCAAACCUGCCUCUGCACCUAUCAUUUUUGCAGGUGGCCAGGUAAGAGCAGACACCAUUUUGGCUUCAGCUGGAAACCACACCGUCUUGGCCCAACCUCAGCCAGCGCCUGCGUUUACAAUUCAGGGGCAGUAUGCCAUCCCUCAUCCAGACGUGAGUCCAGCACAUUUGACCAAGCUUCACCAGUUGGCUAUGCAGCAUCCCCCCUUUACUCCCCUUGGGCAGACCACCCCUGGUUUCCCUGGACUGGAUGCCACUUCUCCAACCAGUUCCCAUGAACUUACUAUUCCCAAUGAUCUAAUAGGCUGCAUUAUUGGCAGACAAGGCAGUAAGAUAAAUGAAAUCAGGCAGAUGUCAGGAGCGCAGAUCAAGAUUGCUAAUGCCACAGAAGGCUCUGCAGAACGACAAGUUACAAUCACAGGAUCCCCCGCAAACAUCAGCUUAGCACAGUACCUCAUAAAUGCAAGGGAUUCCCCACACAUCGAGACGAGAAUAGACCCCUUCAUUUUUAGUUGCACAAACACCAUAUGGCAUGCACCUGGAUCUCAGAAGAUAACAAUUUAAGAUCUUCAAGACAGCUAAAGCAUGCAAAUAAAAUAAUGCACUUAUUUAUGGAGUUGCAGUGAGCUGCUCACCAGAGACAGAAACUCUAGUGAACAAACCUCUCUUUGACUCACUUUAGAAAAGCCUGUGAACUCUCACAAUUCCGUUUAAUUACUGCUUAACAAAUCUUUUGAUGGAAUGAGAUAUAUGUGGGGUCUUUUAAGAUACUUUUGCAAAGAAGAAAACUUCUCAGCAGUCAUACACAUGGAUGCUCUAUCUAUACCCUGUGAAACCAGAAAGUAUUUUCUUCCUGCUGGCUUUCUAGAAAGUCAAUUGUUACCAUCAUCUACAAUAAACCAUCAUAUAUUAUUAUGUACCAUAUGUUGAAACUGUAUUUAGAUGAAGCAACUUCAUUUGUAAAUGAAGACUCUUAAAGUAAUGUAUAAUAAAUUAAGUUCUAAGGUGACAUAGGACAUUAAGGUGGCUUUUUCAUUUAAAAAGUUACAUUGCUCCAGAUUUCUCUUCUCCCAAGAGAAAUGUCUGCCCAGUGAGGUGCCACCACAGCCACAGCACUGGCCAGCAGUACAGUUAACAAGAUAUAGUUUGAGAUGUCAAGUAAAAGAAAAAAAUAUAUAUAUAUAUAAUAUAAAAUAAUAAGUAAAAGCCAUAUAAACAUUCAGGGUAAGAUGGACUUUUCUUUCUACUCUUCCCCCCAAGAUCCAACAUUCUCAUAGAUUUGGUUUCCAGGGACAGUAUUUCUGCAUAGAUAAUGUCUCACAGCAGCAUGGGAUGUGAAAAACCUAUCCAAUGUAUUCCUCUAACUGUGUGUAUCUCUAGCCAAAGUUGCCAUCUAUAUAGCAAUUUAUCAGGUUGUUUUAGGCAUAUUAUUGCAAUCUGGUGUUGAAUGUGUACAUAAGAUUAAGCACUCUAAAUUACAGAUAUAUAAGUACGUUGAUACAGUAUCAAGACAGAGAUUUAAUUCUUUAAGUAUUGUUUUCGUUCUUUGUUGACUAUCCAAGGGUUGAACUCUGUAUUAGCAGAAUUUGUCCCAGCUUGUUUGCAGUAGCAAUGUCUUUUUUUCUUGUAAAAUCUUCUGUCUCUUAACUGGUAACCGUUGUAGUAACUGGAUUUUCAUUAUCCAAUUACAUCUUCUAGCUUUUAUUAAGAAUGAACCACAGCUUAGGUUUCCUAUGUAAUAUUUGACUUUGGGGUGUAAGUGACCUGUAGCCAGCAGCACUUUCUUCUUGUUGAAGAGCAGUUUCCUGAAGAUGUUUUUCACUUCCGUUUUGAUGAAAGAGUCAUUCACAGAACAGAACCAACAAAGGCAAUCUCGAGCUUUAUUCCUUCUGUACGCUAGUCGGGCAAUGCAAGACGUGGCCUUCAAUGUAUGUAUUUGUAAGUGUAGCUCUUCAAAGUGGAAAAUUGGCAUAAUGAAAUUCUGUAUUGAGUCUGCUCAUCAGCUUCCUUAUUCAAUUCUGUUGUAUGUAUAACCGAUUUGGGAAACUUCAGCUGUCAUAAGACAGCUGAAAGCCAACCUAAUGUACUUUCACCUCACUCGUUACCACCAGAAAUAAAGGUGAAGUAAUGCGAA